AGAGAUGGAGUUUGGAAAAGAAGAUUUCUAUGGCUAGCUAUGGGUCUCAGAGUUCAUCUAGAGACAGCUCAAGCAGUUACUCUAGGAACAGCAGUGCUACAUACUAUUGCUUGUCCUAACGAUGAAGCUAUGUCCCCUAUAAGUCCUGAACAGGAAAAUGGUAUUAACAUGAUUCAUGUCGAUAAUGAGAAUACAGAUCCUGUAGAUAUUUGGUUGCCACAAAAUGCAAUAAACAAUAAUAUGGGUAGAGUAUAUGUUCGCAAAACCACCCGUGCUUCAUUUAGUGAAGAAGCAUUGGCAGAGGCUAUGCAAAAGGUAAUUUCAAGAGAAAUGGGCACAAAUGAAGCAAGUAGAGCGUAUGGGAUUUCAUCUCGUACUUUACGAAGGCAUUUGAUCGCCAAGUCUUCAAAAGUACGCUUAGGCCGUUGUCCAGAAAUAGGAAUAGAACACGAAAGAAGGCUGGUCUUACAUAUAAAGGCCCUUGAAAGAGUUGGCUUUGCACCAGAUGCUACUUCUGUUAAAAAAAUGGCAUUUUCAUUUGCAGAGAAGCUUCAUUUAAAUCACCGAUUUUCCAGAGAAGCCAAAUCAGCUGGGGAUGAUUGGUUUCAAGGGUUUUUGCGACGUAAUAGAGAGCUUAGUAUCAGAAAAUCAGAAGGGCUCUCACUAGCUAGGGCAACAGGAAUGAACAGAACAGAUGUUAGCAAUUUUUUUACUCUUUUGCGCGAUGUCAUCAUAAAAAAUAACUUGCUUAAUAAACCAGAUAAAAUAUUCAAUGUCGAUGAGACAGGCAUUCAGAUUAACAACAAGCCUGGGAAAGUAGUAGCAACUAAAGGGACAAAAGAUGUUUAUUCAUUGACAACAUCAGAAAGAGGAGAAAAUAUUUCCUUAGUUUCAGGCUGCAACGCAGAAGGUUACUUUUUGCCACCUGUUUUAAUAUUUAAAGGAAAGAACAAAAAAGAUGAAUUUUUGGAUGGUCUUCCUCCCGGAUCCGGUGUGCUAAUGAAUCCAAAAUCAUCCUACAUUAAUUCAGAAUUAUUCCUAAAAUGGUUUAAAGAUUACUUUUUGCCAAAAAAAGGCAAUGGGAAAGCCUUAUUAAUAUUGGACGGGCACGCAUCCCAUUGUAAUGCUAUUGAGCUAUUAGAUUUAGCUAAUGAAAAUGAAGUAGUUAUUUUGUGUCUCCCCAGUCAUACGACACAAGCUCUUCAACCCUUGGACAGGUCUUUUUUUAAGCCACUUAAAACUUAUUUCUUUCAAGAAGCAAAAAACUGGAUGAUUCAAAAUAAAAAUAGAAAGCUAUCCAGAAUAAAUAUUUCGAGAUUAAUUGGGAAUGCAUGGGGAAAAGCGGCAACCGUCGCGAAUGCCACAUCUGGGUUCAGAGCUUGUGGUAUUUAUCCAUACAAUCCUCAGGCCAUUCCAGAACAUUUUUUCUCCAUUUCGGACGCCAGUAUCUCAGCCGCUAGCGCAAAUAAAGCUCUUCCUUCAACAUCAAAUCAUUCUAAUUUAACUCCAGGGCCAAAUAAAGCUCAACCUUCUACUUCCUUCUCUCCUGGACAUACAAACAUGGGUGUUUCUGAUAUGUCUACCGAUUCUCAAACCUCCAACGAAGCCUCAGAAGUUUCAUUAAAUUUAGAAGAAAAAGAAACUCCUUCAAAAUUUUUAAGAGAAGAUAACCCAAUUCCUCUAAUACCUAAUACAAUUCCGAAAAGGAAACAACAUGCUUUAGAACUGACGUCUCCUGAAAAUCGGGUUAAAAGACGAGUAUUCUCAGAGAAAAAAAAACAAGCUCAAGAUAAAAAAGACAAACGAAAAAAGCCGAGCGAAAAUGAGAAAAAAAUUAGGAGGAAAGCCUGCGUUAAACAAGUUAAAAGAAAACAAAAUGUAUCAAGUUCGUCUUCGUCGGAAACUGAACCACAUUUUAGCUCCUCUGAAGACUUAUCUGAUGACACUGAUGAUUACUGCCUUGAAUGUCGCGAAUACUACUACACCACCAAAUCUAAGGUUGACUGGAUUCAAUGUGAAGCAUGUAGUAAAUGGUUACAUGAAACCUGCACGAACCACACAAACAUGUGUAAUCUUUGUGCCACGAAAAAACGUUAA